UAACACUACCCAGGUUCACUAAUUUUAUCUGUUGUUUGAUAUCAUAGCUAGGUGAAGAGGAUCGCGACUUCCCCAGAUCCUCACAGCGCUCAGACAUUUUUAGAAGCUCGCGAUAUGAAUGAUCGUCUCUCGUGUGAUCCUUUUGGGCAGGAUCUAACGAAUAAGCUUUUUGGUUCCCGGCAAGUGCCGAAUAACUCAUCAAAGGCCCACAGCUAACAUGAAACGCAAAAAAUAAGUAGACGGCUCCGUUGCUGGGUAUAGUUAUAAGGAUGGCUUGGCUGCCUUGUGUUGAUACCAGCUAUGUGGGUGAUUUACGGCGUCUGAGCAGGCCACGUUACGCCCGCUUAAGAGCUCUCUCGCUUUAAAGGCACUAUCAUGGCUUCAACUCGAAACAUUUCUCCGGCCAAUUCAUCACAAGGAAAGCCUUCCACCCCUCCUCAAAAGUUCUUGCACAAAUAUAGCUACAAUCGUCUACUGGUUACCCUCCUCUUCCUCUUCUUCCUGGUAGUGCCAUGGGUUUUCUUCGCAGUCCUCAGCUUCAGGCCGAUCGGUGGCACAGAUUAUCAAGCAAAGUCAUGGCAAGAUGUUAGCGGCAACAUAUACGAGAGCGUGGUAUAUACGUCGAAUGCGUUGUAUCGAGCUUCUGACAUUUUUUACAUCAUAGCUGCUGUGUUGACCUUCCCCAUUCUAUCAAUGCUGCUCAACCAUGCCGCUGUCGUCGUUGUCCAGCGACGACACCCGAACCAGCGCGUGAAUGCAGCCCAGAUGCUAGCCCUAGCUGAUGCUCCAUGGUCGAGGCUGCCAUCGAAGCUUUCGAUUUCUCUGCCAAACACUCGCUUUGCUUGCGGGGGUAUUGCGCUAGUUGCCCUGAGUUUUCUUCAGCUGAUCCUGCAAUCGGCUCUGGUAACAUGGGAGGAGGUGCGAGUAGCGACUAAUCGCGAUGUGCCUAAUACAUUCGCAUCUAACGAGCACACGCGCUCCAGCUUCGUCGGAUACGAUUCUACCACUUACCGGAUGUCCCAUGUGCCAGCUUCUAUCGUGACCAAGGAAGUGGCCGCCAGACUGUCCACUGAGUCCAAGAACGCUGCUCAACCUCGGCUCUGGUACGACGGAGGGUCUGGCCCUGACUAUAACGGACUUCGCUAUGACAAUCCAUCUCUCUUCGCCGCGGCGUUCCCAACCAGCACUAACACCGGCGUAUUACGAUACCACGCUAUGCGCCUCAAUACCUCAGUCCAAUGCGACUUGGUUUCACGGGACAACUUUCCAGAGACUUGCCCUGGCCCCUUGCCAUUUCAUGGGAACCUGUCAUUACCGAGCCGUAGAGGGGAAGAUGACCCUGCUAUUGACACACCGGAAAUUAAUAUCAGCUGGUGUGUUCCGGGCAACUUCAGUGCAUCUCCCUGGCCGAGGAUUCGAGAUCGCCAGGAUAUCACCGAAGAGAUGUUCAUUGAUGUCUCACAGUCAGCGGAUUCUUAUUCAUACGGGGCUUUCAAUAGUUCCUUCACGACACGUUGCACUGCAAAUACGACCCGUGGAUAUUUCGAACUUCCGAAUUCUCACAACAAGUUCAUGCAAGGUCCCUUACUGGAGAAGUGGACCGAGACUGAUCUGGAUGGAACUUCCCGCGUUGCCAACGACGAGGCUGAUAACGUUGAGGAUUAUUUGUUUCUCGACUGGGACUACCUCAGCAACUUCCCGUACGGGAACAACCAUUCCCUCACACCAGGACCUCUCACAACAGCCAUGCUUUCCAUGCUUGGAAACGAAAGCUGGAUUGUACCGCUCCAGAACAUCACCGAAGGUUCCGACUCCGCCACCCUGCGUACAAUAUACAGAGACAUGUGCACCGGGGGCAUCCCCUUCUUAACCUGGGGAGAUUCCGCCAGGGGCUUCAAUUAUGACCAAGCAUCCUGCAUCCUCGACGAUGAAUCGCUCCAUUCGCCGCUGUACAGCAUCAAGUCCCAGACCUAUCACUGGUUCAGCAGUUUCAGCGACACAGGCGUCAGCGCCACACUCGCAGCAGCGACGUUCUUCGCCAACGAGGCGACGCUUACUCGAUCCAGCGAGCCACACGGUGUAUACAGCGGUGCCGGCGUCAUCUAUACCGCGCCGGGCGCGAUCAUGCACAAGCCGGUAAUCCCACUCGCCGCAUUGAUCGUGAUAUCAAUCCUCAUCGGCACAGAAGUCUUCGCAAUCAUAUUCCUCGUGAGUUAUAUAUCUCGCAAUCCGACGUUCACUAAUCGUCUUGAUGCUCUCGCCGUCGCGACUGUUGGCGCUCAGCUCUCGGCUGCGGGUGUGCAGUUGCCGCCUCUGCAUGAACCUCGUGAGGCGCGAUAUGAAAAACUCCGGGAACAUGAUGGUGUUAUUGGUCUUAGUCAUGGUAGCUUGACGGAUGAAGAGGCGGGUCGGCCUGGUCCGAGUGGGAAGAUGAGGAAUAUAGUUGCUAGUGAUGAAGAGCAACUUCAGAAAACUAUCGUCGUCGGGGGAAAUGGUCUCUUGAAGUAUUAGAGUAGGUAGUUAUAUUUGAGUGAAGGAUGGCAAUGGGGGGAUGCAGUUUAGGUGAAGUGAUCUGGACUGUAGGAGUAUAUUGUAGACCGCAAAAAUUAAGAUUUGAUGAAUAUAUUGAGACGC